AUGGGUCUCAGCACACCGAGGAGACAGACCCCUCUCUUCGCACCCGGAACAUCCUCUCCCCUCCCGUUUCCCAGCUCCUCUCCCAACAAGAACGGGACGCCUUCUCGUGUGCGCAGGCUCAACUAUGAUAUCCCCGGAUCUCAAGACUCGGAACCUCUUGCAUUCCCUUCGAGUCCUGCGGCAUCGGCGACGCCCAAGAACCGCCGUGGUGACAUACACUCCUCCGUCAGCAUCACGCCUAGUUCUGCUAUUCCCCGGCCUCGACGUCAAAACAACCUUCCCCACGAUGAUCUACGCUCCGAUGCGUCACACAUGUCCAUUCCCGCAUCAUCAGCCCCGAACUUGUCUGCUCCUGCUGUUCCGUCCGACGACGAACCGGAUGAAAUUCGCGCGAUCUGGGGUACUACUGUCAACCUGGGCGAGACGAUGAAGACAUUCCGCGAGUUCCUGCGUGGAUUCAAAAUUAAGUAUCGCAUCGCGCAUGACCGCGAACGUGGCUUGCGGACCCGUGUCCUCUCAUCACCAGAGGAAGGCGAAUUGCUUUUGUAUGAAGGCUACCUCCGUCGCAUGCGCCAGACGGGCGAGACGAACUUGAAUCUGGACUUGGUCAACCUCGCGGCGUACCCUCCCAGCAAGAAGCUACAGAACCAGCUAGUCAAGUACCCCCAGGAAGUCAUUCCCGCGAUGGAUCAGGUCCUCAAGGAUCUCAUGCUCGAGAUCGCCGAGGAAGACCAGCAGGCCGGCGCGGAAGGCAUGCGCGGAGAUGAGGGAGAGGAAGAGAUUGCAGAGAUUAUGGGCAAGGUCUACAAGAUUCGACCUUUCGGCAUCCCGUCCGUGAACAUGCGCGACCUCAACCCCUCUGAUACGGACAAACUCGUCUGCAUCAAGGGUCUCGUCAUCCGCGCGACGCCUGUCAUCCCCGACAUGAAGGUCGCCUUCUUCCGCUGCCUCACCUGCAACCACACUGUGCAAGUCGAGAUUGACCGUGGCAAGAUCGACGAGCCGAGUCGGUGCCCGCGCGACGUGUGUGGCUCCCUAGGCACGAUGUCGCUCGUGCACAACCGCUGCGAGUUCGCAGAUCGGCAGGUCAUCCGCCUGCAAGAAACCCCGGACGCCGUUCCCGACGGUCAGACGCCGCACACGGUCUCGCUGAGCGUGUACGACGAGCUCGUGGACGUCUCGAAGCCGGGCGACCGCCUCAUUGUCACUGGCAUCUUCCGCAGCGUACCGGUGCGCGUCAACCCGCGCCAGCGUAUGCUGAAGAGUCUCUUCCGCACCUUCAUCGACGUCGUGCACAUCCGUCUGGGCUCGGGCGACAAGCUCGGGCUCGACCGAAGCACGCGCCCCGCUGGGGGGGACAGGAUCCCUGGGGUGGGUGGCGUUGGGGGCGGGAUAGAUAUGGAUGACGACGAGGAGCACGGGACGGAGCGGCAGCGGCGGACGUCGAAGCGGGAGGAACUGGAGGCGCGUCUGCGGGAGAUCAGCCGGCGGCCGGAUGUCUACGAGUACCUGGCGCGCUCCCUCGCACCGUCGAUCUACGCGAUGGAGGACGUGAAGAAGGGGAUCCUGCUCCAGCUGUUCGGUGGAACGAACAAGAGCAUCGCGCGGGGCGGAGGCGGUGGUGGACCGAGGUACCGUGGCGACAUCAACGUGCUGCUCGUCGGAGACCCCGGUACAAGUAAGUCGCAGAUCUUGCAGUAUGUGCAUAAGAUCGCCCCUCGCGGCGUGUACACCUCAGGCAAGGGAUCGUCCGCGGUCGGUCUCACCGCCUAUGUCACCCGGGAUCCCGACUCCAAGCAACUUGUUCUCGAGAGUGGUGCUCUCGUUUUGAGUGAUGGAGGUGUGUGCUGUAUCGACGAGUUCGACAAGAUGUCGGACGCGACCCGCAGCGUUCUCCACGAAGUCAUGGAACAACAAACGGUGUCCAUUGCCAAGGCAGGCAUCAUUACGACCCUCAACGCGCGGACGUCCAUUCUUGCCGCCGCGAACCCGAUUGGGUCUAAAUACAACCCAGAAGAGACCGUAACGCGGAACAUUGACCUCCCACCGACGCUAAUCUCCCGUUUCGACCUACUGUACCUUGUGCUCGAUCACGUCGAUGAGGCGCUCGACCGCAAGCUCGCCCAGCAUCUCGUUGCCCUAUACCUCGAGGACGCGCCUGAGACCGGCGGAGGUCAGGACAUCCUUCCCCUCGAGGAGCUCUCUGCAUACAUCACCUACGCGCGCUCGCGCAUGAACCCCACUAUCACCGAGGCCGCCGGAGACGAGCUCGUGCGCUGCUACGUGACGCUCCGCAAAGCCGGCGAAGACCCGCGCUCGUCCGAGCGGCGCAUCACCGCGACGACACGGCAGCUCGAGAGCAUGAUCCGGCUCUCCGAGGCGCACGCGCGCAUGCGCUUCUCCCCACAGGUCGAGCUCGCGGACGUGCAGGAGGCGUUCCGCCUCAUGCGCGAGGCGCUGAACACGAGCGCGCGCGACCCGACGACGGGCGAGAUCGACAUGGGCCUGCUCGACACGGGCAUCGGCCGCCAGCAGCGCAAGCUGCGCGCGGACCUGCGCCGCGCGGUGCUGGGCAUGCUCGAUGGCGCGGGCGGGGGGACGCGCGGGGUAAGGUGGGCGGACGCGCUCGCGCAGCUGGAGGCGCAGAGCAGCGUGCGGGUGAGCACGGCGGACUUUGGGGAGGUGAUCAGGGAGCUGGAGCAGGAGGGGCUGGUGAAGGUUGUGGGCGAGCGGGAUCGGCGGAUGAUCAAGCGUGUGGAAGGCGCGUAGGUGGCGGAUUGAACGAUGCAUCGCCUGCACUUGUUGUUUCGAUGGUUUCCUUGCUUUCUUGGGAUCGUGAGUGUUGGCAUGUUCGAUAUGUAUGUUAUGAAAUGUGUACCACUAGACCAACGUUAGACGCGUAUUCCCCGCGUCCGAAAGUA